CACACACACACACACACACACACACUGAGCGGCCCUUAAUGGACCGAAUGUUCGAGAUUUCAGCGCUUUAACGGUUAUAAAUGAAUUAAAACAGAACGCAGACAAGCCGUGCACGAUAUCGGGAGCGGGUUUGAGCUGAUGAUUCAUGUUUUAGUGAAGACUGCAUGCAGGAAAUCUUCAGAAGAGAGAGAGAGAGAGAGAGCUACAGUUCAGAGACCUGUAAUAUAUUAAUGGCAGACACAGAGGAAGUGUUUUAAAAUCACACACACAGGAACAUACACAUUGUGUAUAAUAACUCCAAAUUAACACACAGGAGAUCCUGAACACCAUCAUCUGGGCCUCUACACAUCUGGGACACAUCUGCAUUUACACUUUAUUUAUUUCUUUAUUUAUUCAGUAAUUUAUACCUGAGCGAGAGGCCAUGCGGCGGGUCACGGCACCGUGGGUGAUCCGGUUCAUCGUGGCGGCGAUGUCGAUACUGGCGGACCGGUACCGGGCCGAGGGCGACGUGGUUAACCUGGCCGAGCGUGUGAUCUGGGCGGUGAACGCAGGAGGAGACGCUCACACCGACACACACGGCAUUCAUUACAAAAAAGACCCGCUGGAAGGCAAAAUGGGAAAAGCGUCGGAUUAUGGGAUGCGGUUGCCGAUCCUGCGCUCGAGUCCGGAGGAUCAGGUGCUGUAUCAGACGGAGCGCUAUAACGAGGACACGUUCGGGUACGAGGUGCCGAUGCGGGACGAGGGAGAGUACAUCCUGGUGAUGAAGUUCGCCGAGGUGUAUUUCGCCCAAUCACAGCAGAAAGUGUUUGAUGUGAGGGUUAACGGUCAUGUGGUGGUGAAGGAUUUGGAUAUUUUUGACCGUGUUGGUCACAGCACAGCUCACGAUGAGAUCAUAGCAUUCACCAUAAAGAGGGGGAAACUCAGUAUUCAGGGGGAAGUGUCCACCUUCAAUGGCAAACUAAUCAUCGAGUUCAUCAAAGGUUACUACGAUAAUCCGAAGGUGUGUGCGCUGUACGUGAUGAAAGGGAAACCUGAAGACGUGCCGAAGCUGCAGCCUCACCCCGGCCUGGAGAAGCAUGAGGAAGACGUAGACGAGGAAGAGGACCCUGAGGGCGGAGAUGAGACGGUGAAGAAGAUCACGUCCCAGUCUCCGAAAAACCAGGUCCGGUCCGGGCCCAGAACGCCGAACCCGUAUGCGGCCGAUAACAGCAGCCUGAUGUUCCCCAUCCUAGUGGCCUUCGGAGUGUUCAUCCCUACACUGUUCUGCCUCUGCCGCCUGUGAGAGAGAGAGAGAGAGAGAGAG